CAAAUAUUCCCCUGGCCCUUCCACAAUCAAUAUACACAAUAUCAACAUCAUGUCGGACUACGAAGAUGAUAUGGACGUGGACGCGCCUGUCGGGCGCGACACGAUAACCUUCAGUUCUGAUAAUACCAAUUCGAAGGGCAAGAGAAGCGCGGCAAACUUGCCCGUUGAAGCAGAGGAUACACUGCCAUGGGUCGAGAAAUACCGUCCAGAUACCCUCGAAGACGUCUCGGGUCAUCAAGAUAUCCUCGCAACGAUAAAUAAGUUCGUUGAUACAAAUAGACUACCUCAUCUCCUCCUUUACGGGCCUCCAGGUACAGGCAAAACUUCUACGAUUCUUGCAUUGGCACGACGAAUAUACGGCGCGAAGAAUGUACGGCAGAUGGUACUCGAACUCAAUGCAUCGGACGACAGAGGCAUCGAUGUGGUGCGAGAGCAGAUCAAAACCUUCGCGAGCACGAAGCAAAUCUUUACGAUGAAUCCUACCUCUAAUUCCUCCACGUCAAUCGCAGCAUAUAAACUCAUCAUUCUCGAUGAAGCAGAUGCGAUGACAUCCACGGCACAAAUGGCACUGCGACGAAUUAUGGAGAAAUAUACUGCCAAUACCAGAUUUUGCAUUAUUGCGAAUUAUACACACAAGCUUAGUCCAGCUUUGCUCAGUCGUUGUACGAGGUUUAGAUUCAGUCCAUUGAAGGAGGUCGAUAUAAGGGUCCUGGUGGAUAAGGUUAUUGAUGAGGAGAAUGUGCAGAUCACAUCUGAUGCCACCGAUGCACUGGUAAAGUUGAGCAAGGGAGAUAUGCGAAGAGCGCUCAAUGUUCUUCAAGCCUGUCAUGCAAGCAGCACACCUCUACAUCUAAAGGGUACCCCAAAAAUUGCGGAGAAAGAUAUAAAACGAGACCUAAUCACUGAAACCACAAUCUACGAAUGUAUCGCCUCACCACAUCCCGAAGAUAUCACCAAGAUUGCCGAUACUCUUAUGCACACGACAGAUGUCACAUCAUGUCUUCAAACGAUCAACUCCCUGAAAUCUACACAAGGUCUGGCAUUAGCAGAUAUCAUCACAGCACUCAGCGAGCAAUUGACCGCGAUGCGAGUCCCUGCCCCAGUCAUGAUAACUUGGCUCGAUGGAUUGGCAGAAGUAGAAUAUAGAUUGAGUGGCGGAGGUGGAGAGGCGAUUCAAACGGGAGCUGUGGUUGGUGUUGUGAGAAAUGGUGCAGAACUGUUUGAGACGUUGAAAUGAUUUAAUGCAAGUACGAAGAUCUUGCAUUGCUGUAGGCGUCUGGAGGAUAGGAAAUGUAUACCUUGCGGAUUUGAUUGCAGUCAAAGUACGAUAUUUUCCCAAACUUGAUUUUGAGAAGGUGUCCUAUCUGGUUAGGAUGAAUGUCGAACCUUCCAAUAAGCAUUGAAAGCCACACCAAUCAUUAGAAUCAGGGCGUCUAAGAAAGACCGAGAUACUUCUUUGUCACCUGGCCAAGCAAUCUACUAUCUCGGCUCGCUGUCCAAACCAGCGGAGGACGGGAGUCAAAGACUGUCUCUUGGAUAGUAAU